AUGUCCGACCCGUCUAUUCCCCAAGUCACUCUGGAAGAUCUACAAGCUUUCCAGGCUGAACACUUCCCCGGGCACGCGACUUCGCUGACAUCUGGAUAUACGUACGGACAACAAUCUUACGAAGAGUCCUACGAGGAAACAUAUGAAGUCGAUCCAGACGAUGACGGGCUGGGAUACUAUGAGGAUGGUGUGAAACGAACGCUUACCGAUGAACAAAUCGAAAUUUUCCGACAUAGUGAGAUUCAUGCGCUUCUGCGGGAAAAGCAGCUGAAAGAGGAAGCCCUCGCCGAAGAGAGGGAAAGGGAAAUGGAUGAAAAGACCAACGCUGCGACAAACGCGACACCAGUUGAACAAGACAAGAACCGCGAUUCGAUCAACGAAACGCAGUUGGACCAGUCCCAGCCAGGGAAAAACACGCGUCACCAAGAUGCAGCCACUCAUGCUACUACGUCUGGAGCGUUGGAUUACGGUGAGAGCGGCCAUGGUAGCUCAUCGUCGUCUAAGCAUCAUGUUUUCAGUCGCAAGCUCGUCUCGUAUGAAGACUAG